CACACAUUGUCCAACUUUCUCUACUUUCUCUCACUCCUUUUUCACUGCUCUCCCUCUCUCCCUCCGUCCCCCCUCUCUCUCUCGUUCCUUUCCUUCCCAUCAUUCCCUCUCCCCCAUGGAAGCUCCCGACUUCUUCCAGACUCCCAACAACAUGCCCGCUGCCGACUCCUUUGUCGUUGAGGACCUCCUCGACUUCCCCAACGACGAUGAACCUCUCCUCCUCGAUGACGUUUCCGCCCUCCAUUCCCUUCCCGGCAAAUCUGCCAAUUCUUCCACCGUCGCUACCGUUGAUGCUUCCCCUGUCUCCCACCCCAAUGUCGUCGGCGAUAUUGGCUGCCGCAGUUUCCAUGACCUGCAUUUACCUGGCGACCUCUGCGUCCCCGUGCCGUAUGAUGAUAUGGCGGAGCUGGAAUGGCUUUCGAAUGUGGUGGAGGAAUCAUUUUCGAGCGAGGACCUGCAAAAGCUGCAUCUGAUAUCAGGGAUAAAAGCCCGAAACGAUGUGGAAGCAUCCGAAACUCAUGAAUUGCAGGCCGAAAACAACCGAAGUGUCAACAGCCCCAUAUUCAACUCUGAAGUCUCCGUUCCGGCCAAGGCUCGCAGCAAACGUUCACGUGGCUCUCCAUGCAACUGGAACUCUCGCCUCCUCCUUCUUUCUCCAUCUCCAUCUGCAUCACCAUCUCCAUCCUCCACAUCAUCUUCCUCAGACCCCGACGUCGUCCUUUCCACCGGGAAGAAACCAGGAAAGUCCGCUCCAAGGAGAAAGGACAGUGGUGGCGAGGGGCGCAAGUGCCUGCAUUGUGCUACAGAUAAGACACCGCAAUGGCGGACAGGACCCAUGGGUCCCAAGACACUUUGCAAUGCCUGUGGGGUGAGGUACAAGUCAGGCCGGCUAGUGCCAGAGUACCGGCCGGCAGCGAGUCCGACUUUUGUGCUGACAAAGCAUUCAAACUCACACCGGAAGGUGAUGGAGCUUCGUCGGCAGAAGGAGAUGCAGCAGCAGCAACACCAUCAGGUUCUGCAACAUCCCAACAUGAUGUUCGAGUUUCAUGUGUCCAAUGGGGACGAUUACUUGAUCCACCAACACCUCGGCCCUGACUUCAGACAGCUCAUUUAGUAGUUUUCUAGGUAGAGCCUCUGAGAAUUAGCUACCAUCUUGAUUUUUUUAGACCAUUUGAUUCCUAAUUUUCAAAGGGAUUUUCAUUUCUUUCCCUAUAAUCCGGCCUUUUCUCUUUUUCUUUUUGAGUUUCUGUAGUAUCAUCUAAUUAAUGAUUCUCUUGGAGUCGUUAUUUAGGCCAAAGUGGGCACAACUCUCCAUCCAAAUUCAAAUUUUUCUAAUUAAGACAUUCAUCUUA